GUUCCACUUUCACUUGUGUGCAUUUAUGAGCCAUACAAUGGACACAAUUCCAUAGUUUCAGCUGAAUAAUGAACACAUUUUAGUAAAAAGAGAAUAAUUUCUUUGGGGGUUCUACUGAGAGAGGUGGAAGCUGGAACUUGAAGGAAUGGGUAUUGAAGAUAUUUCAGUACUUCUGGAACCUCAUCAGGAUAUAUAUUUCCCUGGCCAAGCAGUCAUGGGGCAAGUGAAGGUGCAAUCGUCAUCAGAUACAUCUUGUAGAGCCAUUCUGGUUGAAUUCAAAGGAAAAGCCAAAGUUCAUUGGACAGUCAAAGAAGGUGAUAACACCAAGCACUUCAUAAGCCGGGAGCGAUACUUCGAAUUCAAUACAAGUCUUUGGUCAUCUCACUUUUCUGAGAAGCUGCCAUCUGGAAACCAUGCGUGGCCUUUUAACUUUCAGCUUCCCUUCAACAUUCCCUCUUCAUUUGAGGGCACCGUUGGCUACAUCCGAUACAGCAUCAAGGCCAAUGCAGAUAUUCCAAUGGGAGUUGACCACAAGAAGAAAAUUUUUAUCAGCAUCAACUGUCCUUUUGAUCUCAACUAUUCUGAAGCAGCUAAAGUUCCUUUGGUGAUACAAACAACUGACACGUCGUGCUGCCUGUGCUGCGUUAAAGGACCUGUAGAUAUAAACGUUAAAUGUGAGCACUCGGGGGCGGUGGUGGGGGAGGGGUACCGCGUCAGGGGGGAGGUGACCAACAACGGCUCUAAGGUGGUGGGCUCAACGGUGGUCGCUCUAUACCAGCACGUGACGUACCAUGCGGAGAAUCACACGGAGAAGAGCGAGAGCCUCGUGGUGAAGCUGACAAAGGGCCCUUUGGCCCCCGGAGACAGCUUCUUCUUCGAAGACGAGCCCCUGGUGGUGCCCCCCGUCGUGCCGGGGCUCCAGCACUGCAAGAUUAUGCGCCUCAGAUAUGUGUUCAAGUGCCUGCCGUUCCUCCCCUGCCUCACGUAUGAAGGUUACUCUCUAAGUGAACGAAAAGACGAUGACGAGAUGGAGAGAGUGGAUGAAGAUGAGCUCUGA